AAAGUCAAUCUAGUUAGUUCUAAGAUCAAUGUCAAUGCGACAAUAAGUACCAAUAGUAGUGCAAAAGGGAUUACAUAUUGUAGGAUAUUAAUGCAGGAAGAUAACAGUCAAGUAGGUAUGGCACCCAACCUGCUUUUCUCAAACAUGUCCUACGAAAUGCUACAAGGUCCCAAAAAAAACGUCGAAAAGGAUAUCACAGAUCCACAAUGUACAAACAAAAACAAAUCCGAAGCAAAACUACAAAUCGUCUGGAAAAAUGUUUUAAUAUUUAUAAUACUCCAUAGCAUUUCUGUUUAUUCAAUUUUCAUGCUUUUAACGUUUCAGUUUAAAUUCAGCACAGUAAUUUUCACAUAUCUCAAUUUGAUGUUUGCUGGUUUUGGCAUCACAGCGGGAGCUCACAGAUUAUGGGCUCACAGAUCGUACACGGCCAAUUUGCCUUUGAGAAUAUUUUUAAUGAUUGCGCAAAGUGCAGCUUUACAAAAUGAUAUUCACGAAUGGGUAAGGGAUCACAGAGUGCAUCACAAAUUCACAGACACAAAUGCGGACCCACACAAUGCUAGUAGGGGCUUCUUUUUUUCGCACAUUGGUUGGUUGAUGACCAAAAAGCAUCCGGAUGUAUUGAACAAGGGAAAAAAUAUUGAUAUGUCAGAUGUGCUUGCUGAUCCAGUUGUUAAAUUCCAAAUGAGAUUUUAUGUUCCAUUGGUAAUUGUGUGUAACUUUAUUGUACCAACAUUUAUUCCAUGGUACUUUUUGGGAGAAGAUGGUUAUAAUUCUUUUAUACUUUGUAUUGGACGCUAUGUGAUAUCUUUAAAUGGCACUUGGUUGGUGAAUAGUGCUGCACAUAUUUGGGGCAUGAAACCUUACGACAAAAAUAUUAAGCCAACAGAAAACAAAUUUGUAGCUAUAGUAGCUUUCGGUGAAGGCUGGCACAAUUAUCAUCACAUAUUCCCUUGGGAUUACAAAGCGGCAGAAUUGGGAAAUUAUAGGCUCAAUUUUACGACUUGCUUUUUGGAUUUCAUGGCCAGAAUCGGUUGGGCGACUGAUUUGAAAACUGCUUCAGAAGAAAUUAUAAACAAGAGGAUACAACGUACAGGUGAUUCCCAUAAGCGAGUAAAUGGAAUUGAAGAUCACCAUCAUGAUGAGGGUGAAGCGAUUUGGGGUUGGGGCGAUAAAGAUAUGAACAAAGAUGAAGUUUUAGCUGUUACAAGAAUGACAAGGCAAAAAGCUUAGAUUUCAAACUUUAUAACUUAAUUUGUAAUUUAUUGGUUUGUGAUAGCUUUAUUGAUCAAAAUUGUGUUCCAUCAUCAGUCAAUAUUUAUUUGGCCUUUAUUUUAUUGUUUACCUACAACAUUUCUUCAUUGUUAUUAUAUUGAAAAUAAGCGCCAAUGUAGUAAGUAGAGUAGUGAUACUUAAAGCCUAGUUUAUAUUUUUAUAAAAAAUUAUUUUUAGUUUAAAAAUAAACUUCCUCUUAACAUACGACAGACCAUUUGUUAAAUAAUUAUUCAACAUAAAACUUUUACUACAUUGCAUUUAGGAAAAUUUUUAUUUGGCAUCAAGGACUCACUUUCAAUGCGCGACUUGUGUAGGACGUCCACUGUUCAAAUCAUAGGUCAGGUCGCACUCUGUAACGAAAUUUAUAAACAUUGCGUCACCGGCGUUUACAGGUGGAAGUGAAUAUUCGCAGUACACUCCUGUAUUUUCCUGUAAAUAUUGACUCAUUUAUCAAGAAUAAACAAACACAUGAAAGUAGGUUUUUUUUUAUUGAUGAUUUUCCAGGUGCUUGCAGUGAGUCAGUCGUGUUUUGAGAGAAAUUCUAAUCUGAUAAAAGGGUUUCUGAGAAGUGAAGUAUUG